AUGUUUGAUCCCGCCGCGGCGCCCGCAGGGAUGAGCGAUGGAGGGGCCGAGCCUGGCAGGAGCCCCGUGCUGCUGGCCGAGCCCGCAGCCACCGGGCGGCCCCGGGAGAAGGCGCCGACCCGGGCGGAGCUGGAGAGCGCUCUGCGCGGCGGCGGCGGCGGCGGCCGCGGCGGCGGCUUCAAGGACAUCCCGGGAACGUCGGCGGUCAGCCCCGGCUCCUCCAAGGAGUGCGCCCCGGACAGCCAGAGCCCGUCGGGAGCCGGCGAGGCGGACUACUGCCGCCGCAUCCUGGUGCGAGAUGCCAAAGGGACGAUCCGGGAGAUCGUGCUCCCCAAGGGCUUGGACCUGGACCGGCCCAAGCGGACGCGGACGUCCUUCACGGCGGAGCAGCUCUACCGCCUGGAGCUGGAGUUCCAGCGCUGCCAGUACGUGGUGGGCCGGGAGAGGACGGAGCUGGCGCGGCAGCUCAACCUCUCCGAGACCCAGGUGAAGGUCUGGUUCCAGAACCGACGCACCAAGCAGAAGAAGGACCAGAGCAGAGACUCUGAGAAACGCUCCACCGCCACCUCCGAGUCCUUCGCCACCUGCAACAUCCUCCGGCUGCUGGAGCAAGGCCGGCUCCUCUCCGUCCCGGCCCCCCGCCUCCUCUCUCCCACCUCCAACCCCAUCGGCAGUCCUGCGGGCAACGGAUGCUUGGCCACCCCAGGAACCACCUCUCCCGGGCUCGCGGGGAGCAGCCCCCCGGGGCCGGGAGCCUUCAGCCUGCAGGUCCCUUCUCUCGCCGCCUCCUCCUCCUCCUCCUCGCCCAGGCUGUCGGCCACCCCGCUGUGCUUUGGGGGGCCGCUCCUGGGCAGCCUGCACGACCUCCCGGGUGCUUACGGACUGGGCACUUCUGCUUUUGAGCCUUACACGCGGCUGGAAAGGAAAGACAAUUCUAUACCCAGCAAGAAGCCAAGCCCUUAA